GUGUGUGUGUGAGUGAGUGAGUGAGAGGGUGAGUGUGAGUGUGUGAGUGAGUGUUGACGCUGCUUGUUUGAGUAAAGGGAAGACACACCGCUGUAGUCAGAGGACUGAGCGAGGUCCGGAUUUUACUGACCCGGUUGCCACCUGUCUUUUCUCCGCAUUGGUCGCCGAGCAGCACGAUGACCCAGCCCCGGCCCGACGAGUUCAUCCCGCCGCCGGAGUGCCCGGUCUUCGAGCCGAGCUGGGAGGAAUUUGCCGACCCGUUUGCUUUCAUCAACAAGAUCCGUCCCAUCGCCGAGAAAACGGGCAUCUGCAAGGUGCGCCCGCCGCCGGACUGGCAGCCUCCGUUUGCUUGUGAUGUUGACAGACUGCACUUCACCCCGCGGAUUCAGAGGCUCAAUGAAUUGGAGGCUCAGACCAGAGUUAAACUCAAUUUCCUGGAUCAGAUAGCCAAGUUCUGGGAGCUGCAGGGAUGCACGUUAAAAAUCCCACAUGUGGAAAGAAAGAUUCUGGAUUUAUACCAACUGAAUAAGUUGGUUGCUGAUGAAGGAGGGUUUGACACUGUCUGUAAAGAGAGGAGAUGGACCCGAAUAGCACUGAAGAUGGGAUUUGCUCCUGGGAAGGCUGUGGGCUCUCACAUUCGCUCCCACUACGAAAGGAUUCUGUACCCAUACAACCUCUUCCAGUCUGGAGCCAGCCUAUUGGCGCCUGAGCCACCUUCCAAACUGAUGAGUUUAGUGGCUGUUCCAGCUCUGGAUCAGUGUGUCCAGAAGCCAAUCUUAACAAAUGAUGCGAAGGACCGAGAAUACAAACCCCAUGAUCUAGCCCAGAGGCAGUCUGUACAGCCCACAGAGACCUGCACUCCAGCCCGCAGAUUCAAGCGCAUGAGAGCAGAGGGAGGGUGUAUGAAGACUGAACCAGGAGAGCCCUGUGACAACAAGCCCAACCUGAGAAGAAGAAUGGGCUCUGUAGUUGUAAAAAGCGAAAUGGAGAAGGAUAUUCCUGUUACAGUGAAACAGGAACCCGUGGAUAUUAAGGAGUAUGUCACUGAAUCUGAGAGAGCCAGGUCGAGGAAUAAAAAAAACAUCCCGGCAGUGAGUAUAGUGGACCUGUAUGUUUGCCUGGUCUGUGGCAGUGGCAGUGAUGAAGAUCGUCUCCUGUUGUGUGAUGGCUGUGAUGAUAGCUACCACACCUUUUGUCUCAUUCCACCUCUUCACGAUGUCCCUAAGGGAGACUGGAGAUGCCCCAAGUGCCUGGCUCAGGAGUGCAGCAAGCCUCAGGAAGCAUUUGGCUUUGAGCAGGCAUGCAGAGACUACUCGCUGCGUGCCUUUGGAGAAAUGGCCGACUCGUUCAAGUCUGACUACUUCAACAUGCCAGUUCAUAUGGUUCCCACAGAGCUGGUGGAGAAGGAGUUCUGGCGUUUAGUUAGUACUGUUGAGGAAGAUGUCACAGUGGAGUAUGGAGCUGAUAUUGCAUCCAAGGAGUUUGGCAGCGGAUUCCCUGUUCGGGGCGGCCGAUUUAAACUGGCUCCACAAGAUGAGAGUUACCUAGACUGUGGCUGGAACUUGAACAACAUGCCUGUGAUGGACCCCUCCGUGCUUACUCACAUUACUGCUGAUAUCUGCGGCAUGAAGUUACCCUGGCUGUAUGUGGGAAUGUGCUUCUCUUCAUUCUGCUGGCACAUUGAGGACCACUGGAGCUAUUCCAUUAACUAUCUGCACUGGGGGGAGCCAAAAACAUGGUAUGGAGCCCCGGGGUAUGCUGCAGAGCAGCUGGAGAAUGUGAUGAAGAAACUGGCUCCAGAACUGUUUGAAUCCCAGCCCGACCUGUUACACCAGCUUGUGACAAUCAUGAACCCAAACACCCUGAUGAGCCAUGGCGUUCCAAUUUAUCGCACUAAUCAGUGUGCUGGAGAAUUCGUGGUCACCUUUCCCAGAGCCUACCACAGUGGCUUUAAUCAGGGUUUCAAUUUUGCAGAGGCUGUGAAUUUCUGCACCAUGGACUGGGUCCCGCUGGGUCGUCAGUGCGUUGACCAUUACCGUCUCCUGAAUCGAUAUUGUGUGUUCUCCCAUGAUGAGAUGAUCUGUAAAAUUGCUGCCAAAGCAGAUGGGCUGGACGUUGUUUUGGCUUCCAUUGUCCAGAAGGACAUGGCGGUGAUGAUCAGGGAGGAGAAGACUCUGCGAGAGGCAGUGAGGAGAAUGGGCGUGAUUGACUCGGAGAGGAUGGAAUAUGAUCUUCUCCCUGAUGAAGAGCGCCAGUGUGUCAAGUGCAGGACUACUUGCUACCUGUCUGCCCUGACUUGCCCGUGCAGCCCCGGAGUGCUGGUGUGUCUCUACCAUAUCCGGGAUCUCUGCUUCUGUCCAGUACAGAACUACACACUCAAGUAUAGAUUUGCACUGGAAGACCUGUAUCCAAUGAUGAAUGCAGUAAAGCUGCGUGCAGAAUCCUACGAUGACUGGGCCGCUCAUGUAAAUGACAUUCUUGAAGCUAAAGUGGACAAAAAGAGGAGUCUGUCUGAGUUUCAAGCGUUGAUCGAAGAAUCUGAAAGGGAAACAUUUCCAGACAAUGAUCUUCUUCGCAGUUUACGUUUGAUGACCCAGGAUGCAGAGAAGUGUGCUUCAGUGGCACAGCAACUGCUGAAUGGGAAAAGACAAACCAGGUAUCGCUCUGGCGGAGGCAAGUUCCAGAAUCAGCUGAAGGUGGAUGAACUUCGUUCUUUUGUCAGACAGCUGUACAGUUUGCCAUGCAGCAUCAGCCAGGCCCCCUUACUAAAGAGCCUUCUGAACCGCGCAGAGGAUUUCCAGCAGCACAGCCAGAAGGUCUUGUCUGAGGAGCAGCCCCGGGCUGCUGACAUUCAGAAGCUGCUGGAUGUCAGCUUUGACUUCGACGUGGAGCUGCCUGAGCUGCCAGUCCUGCGGGGGAGGCUGGAGCAGGCUCACUGGCUGGAGGAGGUGCAGCACGCCUCCUCGGAGCCCAACGCCCUGUCCUUGGAUGACAUGAGGAGGCUGAUUGACCUGGGAGUGGGACUGAGCCCUCACCCGUCAGUGGAGAAGGCAAUGGCCCGCCUUCAGGAGCUGCUGACUGUCUCUGAACACUGGGAGGACAAAGCCAAGAGCCUGAUUAAAGCAAGACCCCAUCAUACUCUUGAGACUCUGGCAGCAGUUGUUCAGGAAGCAGACGGUAUCCCUGCUUAUCUCCCGAACUGUGUGGUUCUCAAAGAUUCUGUCGAGAGGGCUAGAGAGUGGCUGCUGGAGGUAGAAGCACUUCAGCACGGUGGCCGUGUGCCUGUCCUGGAGACUCUCUCGGAGCUGGUAUUGAGAGGCCGAGCUAUUCCUGUGCAGCUGGACCCCCUGUCAAGACUGGAGUCGCUCGUCGCUGAGGUCCAGGCAUGGAAGGAGUGUGCAGCUAAAACCUUUCUGAUGAAGAACUCUCCCUACUCUCUUCUGGAGGUGUUGUGUCCCAGGUGUGAAGUUGGAAUGGGGGGUUUCAAAAGAAAACCAAAAAAGGCAAAGGAGCCAGUGCAGUGCACAAAGAAGAAAACGACAAAACUGGAGAGUGUGUGUGAUGUGGAGAGAGCCCUGUCUGAGAGCAAGGACUCUGCAUCUGCAAUGGCCACUCUUGCUGAGGUUCGGUUAAAGGAAAUGGAAGCGCUCAGUUCCCUCAGAGCUGCGAAUGAAGCCAAGUUGCUCCCCACUGCAGACUGUGUGGAACUGAAAGUGUGUGUGUGUCAGACAGCCCCCGCUGGCGCCAUGCUACAGUGUGAACUUUGCAGGGACGCGUUCCACAGCGCGUGUGUCCCCAGCAGCCAGAAAGGGGCCCAGGUGUGGCUCUGCCCUACGUGUCAGCGCUCAGACAAGCCCCCUUUAGAGAAGGUUCUGCCCCUGCUGGCUGCUCUACAGCGCAUUCGCGUGCGGCUGCCAGAAGGGGACGCUCUGCGCUACGUGAUUGAACGGACUGUGAACUGGCAGAACAGAGCCAAGCAGAUCUGCACCUCGUUACAGGAGAGGGUGGGGAUUCAACCAGCACACCACCGAUGGCAAGGGACAGCGCCUCUCGCUGCUGGAAACACAAAGUGCCCCAGUGAUGCACCAUUGAGCUCUGUACAGGAGUGGAACAAGACUGGACAGCCCCAGACUGCCUUUUAUACUGAACAGAGGUGCAUUCCUCUCCAGGGUCUGAGUCCUGAUCAGGAGGAGCUGAUGGUGGAAGCACUGCUCCUGCAGGUCUCCUUGCCAGAAAUCCAGCAGCUCUACCAGAUCUUGCAGGCAGGACUGCAUUCUCAGCAGAACACAGACCUUACCUCCCCAGCGGGGCCCGAAUGUGAAACGGCAGGAGCCAGGCAGCAGAACUGUCAGGGAAAGAGCCCGUCACGCAGCGAGAAUGGAUGCUGCAGUCCUAAAAAGGAAACAGCAAAUACAGUGGAGAGGAAACAGAAGAGGCGCCGGGACAGGGAGAGGGAGGGCCGGGCCAGCGAGAAGAGGGCGAGGAAGCCCAGCACGCCCCUAAAGAAACUCAAGCUGAACAAGGAGAAAUCGAAGGAGGUUCACAGCGGUAGCAAGCCUGGGAGAGAGCCGCAGAGGCAGAGCGACUCCCCAUCCCUGCUGUCAGAUCUCUCCUACUCGGACGACUCUGAGGAGGACAUCGCUGUCUGUCCUGCUGUGAAGUGCCAGCAGCCAGAGGGAGACGAGGUGGACUGGGUCCAGUGCGAUGGCAGUUGUAACCAGUGGUUCCAUCAGAUCUGUGUGGGUGUCUCGGCUGAACAGGCUGAAAAGGAGGACUAUAUUUGUGUCCACUGUACUGUAAAUGAUGAGCAGAGCAGAAAGUAUAUGACGGGAUGAAGCUUUAAAACGGUGAAGACGACCAGUUCCUCACGAGCCACAGGACUGGGUGUGCAACUGAACCUCCUCCCCUAUAAACGGUGCUACUUCACAGGAUCCUUCUCCACAACUUUUACACUCUUUGGUCACUUUUGUAUUUUUGAUUUCUCUCUUCCUCCUAUGAGCUGUUUGUCGUUGUCUAACGUUGCAGGAUGCUGACUGUGUGGCAGGGGUUUCCUUCCCAUUGGCGAAUGAAUUUAUAAAUUAAGCACCUUUUUUGAAGAACAACAUUAAUUUUCAUACCUCUCUGGGAUUUUCCUGUAUGUUGGGUGCAGAGAAUCUUUCACCAAAAAAAAAAUAUAAAAUACAAACAAGAGAAUCUUAUUUUUGGAAGCCCACUGCUUAAUACAAGCGUCUGGAUAUAAAUUUUUUUGUUAAGUUUUUUUUUGUAGGUUUAGGUUUAUUUAUCUGAGCAAUAAGUGGGCUGUGUCUGAGUUCAGUGGCUUGCAAUCUCUUCUGAACUGUGUGCUGGUGCUUUAGCAUUGAUUGAUGUACAGAACCCUUUCUGUUAGACGGUGGGGUCACACAGAUGGACUAGUGGCGUAGCAAACACAAAGACCCUUGUAAAGGAACUUCCACAGCUGUGUUUUGGCUUUCUUUUGGGGUAGUUUGUUUCAAGUGAUGCAGUUUAUAUUGUGAAAUAAAACCCUUUGUUCUGUUA